ACCGCCCGGUACGACACACGCUUAGUUUGCGUUUGAGUCCUCAAGAUGAGAUCCCUGUUCGUGUUUGCCCUGCUGCUGGUCGCCGUGGCGGCUGUUGUGCCCCGUGACCAGCGUGUCGUGGGCAGUGAGCUUGCCACCGUCGGUCAGUUCCCGUACACGGUCGGUUUGAUUACGCGCAUCAACCUGCUGCUGACGGGCCAGUGUGCCGGUUCGUUGGUGUCGGCUAACUUCAUCCUUACUGCCGCUCGUUGCGUUGCCGGAAUUCAGAGUGCCGUCGCCGUGCUCGGAGGUCUACGCAUCAACGAUGCUAACGAGGCUGGAGCCGUGCGUAUCACCGUGACCGACUUCACCAUCCACCCGCAGUACGAAGCUGAGCCAGACGUGUUCGAUGUUGCUCUGGUGCGUCUGCCGCUCCCGGUGCCCUUCAGCGACCGUGUCCGCCCCGUUCGUCUGCCGAAUCUGCGUCAGGUUGAGGCCACCUUCAACGGACAGCAGGCUACCGUUACUGGCUGGGGACGGUUCGGCCAGGGUACCGCCAACUCGGAAGAACUCCGCUUCGGACGCUCGCAGGUCAUCUCGACCCUUGCCUGCCGUAUCAGUCUGCCCACCAACACGAUCCUCGACGAGCACGUGUGCACGGACGGUACGAACAGCUCGCCGUGCCAGGGCGAUGUCGGUGCCCCGUUGACCAUCGUCGAUGCCGACGGUAUCACCACGCAGAUCGGUGUGUUCUCGUUCAUCUCGAUUCUGGGCUGCGAGUCGGGUCGUGCGGCCGUGCACACGCGCAUGUCCUCCUAUCUGACCUGGAUCGGCGCGAACUCCGAUGUGGAGAUCCGCGAUAACUUCUAAGCGUAUCGGGUGAUGGGUUUACGAUAAACAAAACAUAACCUCAGCAGCAAAUAUACUCGGUGUAAUCUUAUCGAUUCGAAA